AUGUCUGUAAUCGGUAUGUUUGCCAAUGCAAUACCUUUGCGAUGUCAACUUGAUCCCAGUUGGUCAUUCGCUCGAUUAGUCGAGGAAGUACAUCAAAUAGCGACGGAUAGCUCGAAUUAUUCUUACUUUCCUCUUCAACGCAUUCUUGCUCAACAUCCACUUGCAUCAAAACCCACUUUUCUCGAUACAUCUUUUCAAUUUGGCUCGAGUCCAAAAGAAAAUAUUUGUGAUGAAAUCAUAUUUGGUGAUGUUCACCUGAGUCGUGUACCUUUUUCAUUCAAAAUUGGAACAGAUGAAGUUGUUAUUGGUAUAGUGUCGAUUGAAAUGGUUGGCGGUGCCUAUUGCCCACUAUCACCUGAAAACCCUGACCAACGUUUAUUGAUGUUGUUGAAACAAACUCGAUGUCGACUUGUUCUUGUUCAUUUCAUGACACAAGACAGAUUCAGUGGCGAUAUUAUCACGGUAGAUAUUGAUGCAAUAAUAAACAAUGAUGACAUAGUCAGUAGUUCUGAUUCUGAUCGACUACUGUGUUCCAUGGUAACAUCGGAUUGUAUCGCUGCUAUUGUAUUUACAAGUGGAUCCACUGGAAUACCUAAAGCAGUUCAACUUCGACAUGGAAAUCUCGUUGAUUGUAUUCAAUCGCUGAAAUAUCUUAACAUGCUGAAUCAGAAGGACAUAACUAUACAACUUGCUCAGUGUUCUUUUGAUGCUCAUUUGUUAGAAAUUUUAGGAGCACUGAUUCUUGGUGCCACAAUCAUCAUGCUUCGUCGAAAAGGCAACAUGGAUCUUAUGUAUCUUGCUACAGUUCUAAGCAAUAAACAAGUCAGUUAUAUGUUUGCUGUACCAACACUGCUUAACAGUCUCUGUGAUCUUCUUGAUGAAGUGCAAAUUCCUCAUUUGCAUUCAAUGCGAUCACUUUGUGCUGGAGGAGAAAUUGUUUCACCGAAAUUGGCUGAACGAAUAAAAAGCAAUGUGACAAGGGAUUGUUUGAUUUGGCAUGUGUAUGGACCAGCUGAGACCACAAUUUUUUCUACCUACCAUCAAGUAAAUUCAACAUAUCAGAGUUGCGCAAUCCCACUUGGUCAACCACUUCCAAAUUAUCGAUGCCUCAUCCAUGAUGAGUUUGGGCAACAUGUAAUCAUCGGUCAGGAGGGUGAACUUUUAGUCGGAGGCGUGGGUGUCUUUUUUGGUUAUAUUGAUCGUGAUGACUUGACAGAAAAAGCAUUAGUCAAAAUCGAUGGUGCAGUGUACUAUCGAACAGGUGAUCUUGUUCGAAUAGAUAGCAGCGGUCUCAUCUACUAUAUCGGUCGUAAAGAUUACCAGGUGAAAUUGCAUGGACAACGUAUCGAAGUAGGUGAAAUCGAGCGAUGUUUGCUCGAUAGUCACAUUAGUGCCUGUGUUGUCGUUAAAUGGGGAGAUGACCAUUUGGUGGCUUACGUGAAAGGAUCUGGUAUUAGUGAAGAAGAUUUACGCACACAUUGUCGUUCUCGUCUCCCACCAUUCAUGAUUCCGUCAAUGUUCAUCGUGCUUAAUCAGUUACCAUUAAAUGCAAAUGGAAAAGUGGAUCGAAAGCGUCUUCCAGUUCCUGAUUUCUCCUCGUUAAGUACUUCAACAAGCAAUACAUAUAACGCUCCUCACACUGAAAUGGAAGAACGUGUGCAUAAUCUUUGGUGUGAAGUACUACAAACUGCUGACAAAAAGAUUUCAACUACCAGCGGAUUCUUCACUAUUGGAGGUCAUUCACUACUUUUUAUUAAGCUCUAUCAUCAUUAUCAGUCGUCAUUUGGUUUUGAUAGUCACACACUUAGCAUUACACCAUUUCUUCAGCAGGCAACUAUUGCUGAACAUGCAAAAUUACUUGAAACAAUCAAUUUUGCUGAUGUGAAAUCAAAAGCAUGGCCAACACUACAUAUCAGUGAAGGUAAUAAUUGUGUUUUGCUGAACAUCAGAUGA